GACAAGACACAGCGCCUCUGAGAUUUCCUCCCACACCAGCAGAUCACAGAUGGCAUCUACGACUGACAUGAUGACAACAACGAGUCAGAACCUGUCUAUAGACUAUGACGGAGUCCCCACCACAACAGACGGAGAAUAUGAUUAUGAAGGUUUGAUGUGCGACAAGUUAUCCGUCAGAGAGUUCAGAGGACGUUAUGAACCUCCUCUCUUUUGGCUCAUCACCAUACUGGGUGGACUGGGUAACCUGGCAGUGGUCUGGGUCUAUAUCCACUUCCGCCAUCGUGUGAAGACUAUGACGGAGAUCUACCUGCUCAACCUGGCGGUGGCUGACCUUCUGUUUCUCUGCACGCUGCCCCUCUGGGCAGCUGAGGCCUCCCAAGGCUGGAGCUUCGGGGAGGGUCUCUGCAGGGUCAACUUGGCACUCUACAAGGUCAACCUGUUCAGCGGCAUGCUGCUGCUCACCUGCAUCAGCGUGGACCGCUACGUUGUCAUUGUUCAGACCACGAAGGCACAAAACUCCAAGAGACAGAGGCUCCGCUGCAGUAAGCAGGUCUGCUUGGUGGUCUGGCUCCUGGCCAUGGUCCUGGCCUUACCUGAGUUCAUCUUCGCCAAACCUAAGCUCACUGAGGACAAAGAGUACUGCAGGAUGGUGUAUCCUGGAAAUAAAGGGAACCACACCAAGAUCUUCGUGCUUUCUCUGCAGGUCAGCAUGGGCUUCUGUCUCCCAUUCCUCAUCAUGGGCUUCUGUUACUGCGUCAUCAUCUGCACACUGCUGAAAACCCGCAAAUUUGAGAAACACAGGGCCAUGCGUGUCAUCCUGGUGGUGGUCAUGGUGUUUGUCUUCACUCAGCUGCCGCACAAUGCCGUGCUGGUGGUGGAGGCCACGCAGGCCACCAACAUCACCAUGACAGACUGUGAGCAGACAAAGCGUUUUGAUGUUGUCGGGCAGUUGCUGAAGAGUCUGGCCUACACCCACGCCAGCCUCAACCCUUUACUCUACGCUUUCAUUGGGGUACGUUUCCGUAAGGAUGUGGUCAGGCUUCUGCAGGCAUACCACUGCUGGCCCUCCAAAGGACAACUUAGCAAAGUUGGUAAGCCGCUAUCAGGCUCCAUGCGAGCUUCAGUCAUGUCAGAUACUGACACCACACAGGCUCUGUCCUUAUAGACGGGACGUACAGAAGCUUGUCUGCUGGAGCUAAGCACCUUCUCUUUACUCUGUGGCCAAAUAUGAGAUCUCAUAGGGCAACACUGAGAAAGUAAACUGUGUCUGUCGGCUCUCAGAGGUAAAACCUUUUUCCCCUUUGACGCCAGCUGAGGCAGUUGAGGUUUCAGUGAUGAAUCCCCAAUGGAGUGACACAGGACUUCCACCAUGCUGUUUCUUGAUGACUUCUCUUGGUUAAAAGCUUCACAGUGGCAUCGGCCAUAAGACAAAAUUCAUAAACAGUAACUCUUCAUAAUCUUUUAACUGAUGUAAGAUUCAGCUUGUCUUGGAUUUUGCAUUGUAAGUGACUUAGCAAUGAAGAUUUCUGAUUAGUUUGUGUCUUAGGGCUAUGAAUCCACUUCUGCAGUUGGGUGUGUAAAGGACAGUAAAUGAGAGCUGUUUCAGAUCCAGUAGACCCAAACAAGCACAGAGAAUGCUCAUAGUUUGUUUAGGGAUCACUUGUUCAAGCCCAACCGCAAAUUAAAUUUUCCGUUUAUUUUCUCAAAUUAAAUAAUUUUAAAAAAUGCAGAAUAUGUCUUUACAUUGUAAGUGAUAGCCCAAGUUUGUCUGUUGCCUGUUUGCUUUUGUACAAAUGUGCUUAUGGAAAUGACCUGCCAGUCAUUUCCUUCCGAUAUCUGUGAUUUGAGCCUGUAUGCUGCAAGAAACUUCAAACCUGGUGCCUCGCCCCAAAUCGACAACCCCAUUACAACGAAUGCACCAGCUGCAGACACACCCGGUGUGUGAGUACUGAAGCCUCAGAUCCUGGAGCCUCACACUGGUUCUCCUUCCUCUCCAUCCAUCCUCCAUGUUCCACCCCGGUUCUCCACCCAUCCUCCAUGUUCCACACUGGUUCUCCUUCCUCUCCAUCCAUCCUCCAUGUUCCACACUUGUUCUCCUUCCUCUCCAUCCAUCCUCCAUGUUCCACCCCAGUUCUCCAUCCAUCCUCCAUGUUCCACACUUGUUCUCCUUCCUCUCCAUCCAUCCUCCAGGACUAAAGGUUACCAGGCGAGUCAGUCAGAAAUCAGAGAGGUCAUCUGGGUGGUCAGUAAAGCUGAAAACCCGUCUUAAUGAUUUGCUGUCAGUGUCUCUGAGGAAGUGAUGAAGUGUGACGUCAGCUGUUCAGAAUUAAAGCUAUGCUGCUAGUGUACAACAUGUCUGGUCAUUGGUACAUUAAAGUGUUGAUGGUGUACAACAUGUCUGGUUAUGGGUACAUUAAAGUGUUGAUGGUGUACAACAUGUCUGGUUAUUGGUACAUUAAAGUGUUGAUGGUGUACAACAUGUCUGGUUAUUGGUACAUUAAAGUGUUGAUGGUGUACAA